UUUUGCGGUGCAACAGAAGAUCCCGUUCGCACGUUCACUGCCCUGCGCUGGCUCGUGUCCAAGAAAAAACCAAUCAAUCCUCCGCAGUCCGCACCACCGCCCCCUAACCAAAACCAAAACCAAAACCAAAACCAGAACCAGAACCAAAACCAGGCGAGCGGCCCUUUUUCCCGUCGCGAGCACCUCGCCCGCACACGCGGACCCAUGCGUGGCCACACCACAACGAGCCGGAAGUAGCCCCCCCGGCCCGGCAAUGUCGGCGCUCCUCCCGCCGCCCCACGGGCCGCGCGCCGCCGGGGACCCCAAGAAGACCGACGUCGCCGGGGGCGACGCCAGGAAGCUCCCUCCCUGCGCCGCCGGGGACCCCAAGAAGCCCGCCGCCGGCGGCCGCUCCGCCGCCAAGCUCGCGCUCGCGUCCUUCCUCGGCGUCGUCUUCCUCUUCGCCGUCGACGCGUUCCUCUCCGGUGCUGGCGCCGACCGGCGGCUGCGGCAACAAUACCAGCAUUACCUCGGCGGCGGCCCCGCCCCGCCUUCUUGGCUCUCCGCGCCCGACCCCGCCCACUUCGCCGAGGACCUCCGCGCCGACGGCGGCCCGCCCUCCUGGCUCUCCGUGCCCAACCCCACCAACUUCACCGACGACCUCCUCGCCCGCUGGCUCACGCCCGGGGGCUCGCCCUGCCGCGACGCCCGCACGGCCAACAUCUCCCUCCCGGCUCUUGACGGCGCCGCGGCGGCGGGGGGUGUGACCGAGCUGAGCGCCGCCGAGAUUUACGUGUUCACCUUCUGGGCGCUCGACGGCACCGGCCUGCGGCGCUGCCUCGGCGGGGACUUCUUCGAGAUUGAUCUCUCCGGGGCGGCGUGGAAGUCGCGCCCCCCCGUCGUGGACAACGGCGACGGCUCCUACACUUUCCGCCUCCAGGUUGCGCCCCGCUUCGCCGCGGGGGAGUUCCGCCUCACCAUCGUCCUCCUCUUCCGCAGCUUCGAGGGUCUCAAGUUCUCCUCCGCGAGGUUCAAGUACCGCGCCGAGCUCCGCCGCCUUCCUCUACUGUUCCGCCCGGGCAACGCUUCGCUCCCCGCCCUGGAGACUUGUCGGGCCGCCGACUUCGCGCGGGACCUCUGGUCCGGCCGGUGGACGCGGCUCGCCAGAAACGACAAGUGCGAGGAUGUGGACGACGCCGGCCGGUACCGGUGCCUGGAGCCGGAGCACCCAUGCGAGGCACCGUGGUGCGACGGACCACUGGGCGCGCUGGAGAGCAACGGAUGGGUCUACUCGGCGCACUGCUCGUUCAAGCUCUUCACCGCCGACGCGGCGUGGCGGUGCCUUGACGGCAAGUGGCUCUUCUUCUGGGGCGAUUCCAACCAUGUAGACACCAUCCGGAACCUCCUGACCUUUGUUCUUGGCGUUGAGGACACAUCCGCAGUGACACGCCGCUUCGACGCCGUGUUCACGAAUCCCAGCGGCGAGCCAGGCACCCUGCGGAUCACAAGCAUUUUCAACGGCCACUGGAACAUGAGCAUGAACUAUCUCGGCCUGCAUUCCCUCCGGCACAAGGGGUUCCGCCAGCUUGUCCGGUCAUACUUUGCCGGCGAUGAUCGUGUCCCUGAUGUUGUCAUCCUCAACUCAGGCCUUCACGAUGGGUGCUACUGGAGCAGUGUCCGCGCAUACGUUCAGGCCACCGAGUAUGCUGCGCGGUUCUGGGCCGACGUCAUGGCUAAAGUGCGGCUGCGUGGGCUUGCCGUGCCAAGGGUGUUCUACCGGACGACAGUUGCGACCGGUGGGUAUGCUCGGGACCUGGCAUUCAAUCCAAACAAGAUGGAGCUGUUCAAUGGAGUGCUCGUGGAGAAGAUGAGGCAGCACGGCGUGCUCACAGGUGGGGUGAUAGACAACUUCGACAUGACGUUCCCGUGGCACUACGACAACCGUUGCAACGACGGCGUGCACUACGGGCGUGCACCGGCAAAGUUGGUAUGGCGGGACGGGAAGAUCGGCCACCAGUACUUCGUGGACCUCAUGCUGGGGCAUGUGCUCCUCAAUGCCAUCUGCAAUGGAUGAAAGUUCCAUCAUGCUCUGUAAGUUUGUGCAGCUCAAUUGUGUGCUAGAGUAGGAUAGCCAAGGAACUGGGGUUGCUGAGGUGAAAUCGUGGUAUCAGUUCAUGUGUACCACACAUAUCGUCGCGGGCAUAGCUGAACCGUUUUAUAUGGCGAGACCGUCUGAUCAUUCAGCUAUGUUGCUGGUCUGAUCUUGCUAUAGCUGGCAAGGAUGGUCGAAGUUCGAUCGGAGCUAGCUUUGGCUGAAAAUCAGGUACAUGUAAGUAUGUAUACCGAUACCGUUGAGGGGGGCGUAAUGCAUAUACAAUUUCUGUGGGUCA